AUGGUGAUAUUUCGAUAUUCCACCAUUCUAGGCCUGUUCUCCUUCAUUGCUGGGAUUGCUCUCGGCUAUGGUGGAAGUAACAGUGAGGUCGUGUUCAAGUGUGCCCAAAUUCCAUCGCCAGUUUGCUAUCUUAGAUCGGUCACGUUUGAAGAUGCAACUGCCAGCCUAACGCUAAAUAGUGUGGACGGCAAAGAAAUGCUCCACAUUAAGGGUGGCAAAAUUGAGGCACUACAACCGAAACACUGUGAGAGUUUGUCCAAGUUCCAGAAGGUGCAGAUCGGACGGGUUGGACUUAAGGAGCUAUGUUUUACGACGAGCUUCGUGCAUGUGAACGCGGAACACAACCGUCUCAAAAAACUGCACGUCGAGGCGCUUCCCGCCGACGGUGCCACCUAUCGUAUGGAGGAGCUGCAUCUCAACGACAAUCAGCUCGAAACGAUCGAUGGCAUAUGCAACUUUGUCGCGCUAAAGGAACUACAUCUGGAGCAAAACUUGCUGAGCAGCUUGGACAUGCGCUGUUUUGCUGACAUGAAACAGCUCAAAAAGCUACAUCUUGCUUCCAAUCGGCUAAACAUGAUCACCACCACGACCAACGGUCUGGCCCUUCCGGCGCUGAGUUUCAUGGGUCUGCAGAACAAUACGCUCACGGAGCUCGAUCUGCACAAGUGGUCACUCCCAGCACUGGAGGUGCUCGAGCUUUCCUCCAACAAUCUGACGAACGUCCGCGGGCUGACAGUGCUGCAGAUGCUGUCGGACAUUUCGCUCGCCGGCAACCGUUGGCAUUGUGACGAGUUGGAGCAGAUGCUAGAGGGUUUGGAAAGCAACGGUGUGCACGUGAAGGAUGGCGAUCAUAAUUGUAGCGGCAUCCGCAAUGGCACGAUUUGCUGCACAUACGAGCACCUGUCGUCAGAGGGUACGCUGCUAGAUGAGUUAAAGCAGUUUAGUGAUCUGAAGCAGCGGUACGAGCAGGUCGAACAUAAGUUGGAUGAGAUGGUAAGGAAAGAAAUCGAGAAGUUUGAAAGCAAAAUAAUGGAGCUGAAGGAAACGUUUGCCAAGCGAGAUGAAGUUCCUGACACUACAGAACCUCCAAGCGCUGAAGAAGGAAAUGAUUUGGAGGAACCAAAAGCGGAUUCGAACGAUCCACACUCUGAAUCAGCACCAAAUGCAAAAUGUGAAUGUUUGUGCUCUAAAGACAACGUGGACGCUUUACAAUUAAAGCUAACCAAGCUGCAAAAGGAUAUUGAAGCAAAUAAUAAAACACUGCAAGCGCUGCGUGACAAUCAGUCCCAAGUGUCGUACAUGGCCCUGCUUACCAAGCACGAGUUCCGUACGGCCGUGAAACGUGGUGAGUAUAAGCUGAAAGAGCUCAGCUCGAUGCUGUCCAUGCUGCGUGAGCACAUUAAACAUAAGCAAACGCAACAUUGAUAUACAUAUUAAGUACAACCCAAUAAA